CCCACCGAGAAGCACGUUGUUCAUUUAAAUCUCCAUGCGCUUGUAAAUUCUCAAGCUUUGAGGUAAAAGUACGCUGUUUAAAACAACCAAGAUGGGUAAAAAGGGCAAAAAAGAAAAGAAAGUUAAAGGAGCGGAGAAAACCGCCGCCAAAAUGGAGAAGAAAGUGUCAAAAAGAUCAAAAAGAGAAGAGGAGGAUUUAGAGGCUUUAAUCGCAGAAUUUCAGUCUCUGGACGCCAAGAAGACGCAGGUGUUCGAGACAGCAUGCGCCCCUCCGUCGCCCAGGCUAAACGCGUCUCUGUGCACGCAUCCCGAAAAAGACGAGCUGAUUUUGUUUGGAGGGGAAUUCUUCAAUGGGAAGAAGACAUUUCUGUACAAUGAGCUGUACUUCUACAACAUUAAAAAGAACACCUGGGUGAAGGCAGAUGUCCCAAACCCUCCUCCAAGGCGUUGUGCUCAACAGGCGGUGGUGGUUCCCCAGGGUGGAGGACAGAUAUGGGUGUUUGGUGGGGAAUUUGCCUCCCCUGACGGUGAGCAGUUCUAUCACUACAAAGAUCUGUGGGUGUUUCACCUGGGAACACGCACUUGGGAACAAAUCAAAGCUCCUGGUGCUCCGUCUGGCAGGAGUGGACAUCGCAUGGUCCAGAGCAAGAGACAGCUGCUUGUGUUUGGAGGCUUUCAUGAAAGCACCAGGGAUUAUAUCUAUUACAAUGAUGUCCACGCUUUUAAUCUGGACACAUUUACCUGGAGUCGUCUCCAGCCAUCGGGGACGGGCCCCUGUCCCCGCUCAGCCUGUCAGAUGACCCCCACCCCCGACGGCAACGGAGUCAUCAUCUACGGCGGAUACUCCAAAUCUAGAGCAAAGAAGGAUGUGGAUAAAGGAACCAUCCAUUCUGACAUGUUCCUGCUGAGGAGGGAGGGCAAAGAGGACCAAGAGAAGUGGACGUGGACUCGAGUGAACCCCUCAGGAGUGAAGCCCCCUCCUCGCUCCGGUUUCUCUCUGGCGGUGGGGCCCGGGGGCCGAGCGCUCCUCUUUGGUGGCGUCUGUGAUGAGGAGGAAGAGGAAUCUCUGGAAGGAGACUUCUUUAAUGACCUUUACUUUUUUGAUAUCAAUAAAAACCGCUGGUUUCCCGCCCAGCUUAAGGGCAACAAGUCAGACAAAAAAAAGAGUCGUCGAGGGAAGAAGACAGGAGAUCAGGGAGAACAGACAAACCAAACAGAGGAAGAGAAAGCAAAAGCCAAGGGCCCCACAGAGAUUAUUAAAGAGAUUGUUGCAGAAGAUGGAACGGUUAUGACCAUCAAGGAGGUGAUUCCAUCCGCACAGGAAGCGGAGGAGAGUGAAGAGGAGGACGAAGAAAAUGAAGAGGAGGAGGCGGCCGCAAUGGCUCCCUUGGUGGAGCCCUGUCCUCGCUCCAGUGCCAUGGCAACAGUGAAGCACGGCAAGUUGUAUUUGUACGGAGGAAUGUUUGAGGUGGGAGAUCGUCAGUUCACCCUCAGUGAUCUCUACAGUCUGGACCUACAUAAGAUGGACCAAUGGGAGGUUCUAGUGGAAAUGGACCCCAAGACACAGGAGUGGCUAGAAGAAUCAGAAUCAGAGGACGAAGACGAGGGAGAGGAGGCAAAGGGGGGAGAUAACGAGGAGGAGGGUGAGGAAGAGGAGGAAUCUGAGGAGGAGAGUGAAGAUGAAGAAGAUGUGGACCAUCCCCCAACAAAACCUGGAGAAAUGCUGGCAGAUUAUCAAACUAGGACUGAGAAGUACUGGCUGAGUCUGGCCCGAGCCAACAUGGGCCCUGACGCUAAAGAGAAGAAAGUACAAAAGGUCGGCCACGCCAUGGCCAAGGUGUUCUUUGAGGAUCAGACUUGAGAUUAUGUGUGCGUGUGUAUGUGUAUGCGGGGUGGACCCUGAAGAUGUGUGAGGUUGUGUUCAUAAUUAUGUGUGUAUGCAGAGAUAAUGACAGAGUUUGUGUGUGAGAAUGAAAACUGACGCAUGUUAUCAUAUGUGUCUGUGUCUUUGUGUGCAUCUGAGAGUGUACAAGAGAAAUAAUGGAUGUGUGUUUGAGUUUUAAAAGUAGUGAAAGCAUGUUCCUCAGACUUCAGUGAAGUCCCUCAAAAUGUACUUUUUCCUCACCUCCUCUGCCUUACUCUUUUCUCGCCAUUUUGUCCAUGUGAUUUUUGUAUAAAAUCUCACUCAAUGAAAUUGUGUUCACAUAAAUUCAUUAUAUAAUAAGACAAAUGAUUGGAACCUAAGCAUUUAAAAUUAAAAUGAAAAAUUCUG